AUGAAGGAAAAUGAGGUGGGAGCUCAAGUGGCCCAUUUCACAGUAGACAACCAGGACAUCUCCCUGUGGCCCCGAGACCCUCCUCCAAAGAAGGAGUCACUUGCAGUCCCAAGGACCUUGCCUUCUGUCUAUGUGGCUAUUAUUUUGUUGGCAGUGGGCCUUGCUGCCUUCCUCCUGGCCAUGAUCAUUCUCUAUCCCCAGUUACUGGGCAGGAUAGAUGAUGUCAAGACCUCUGUUCACAUGCUCCAAGGCCGUGCUGAGAACACCAGUGUCUUUCUCAGUUCUGAGAUCAGGAGGCUGAGAAACAAGUUGGAGGAUUCCCAUACCCAGGUCCAGAUGCUAAACCACAGCCUAGGGUCUUCAAAUGCUCAGAUACAGCUGUUAGGUGCCAUGCUGAGGCAAGACACUGAGCAGCUUCAGGUGUUGAUGGGCAGUUGGGAAGAGCUCCAGAAUUUAAAUGCCCAGAUUCCGACGCUGAAACAGGAUUUGAAGAAAACUGGGGAGCUAACUGCCAAGGUUGAGCAGCUCAGGAAAGAUCUGCAGACCCUGGGGACAUCAUUGUCACAGCAGCGUUACAUUCUGGAGAUGGCCUCACAAGACUGGAAAUUCUUUGGAGGGAACUUUUACUAUUUUUCUACCACGAAAAAGUCUUGGUAUAGUGCUGAACAGCUCUGUACCACUCGAGAUUCCCAUCUGACCUCAGUGACUUCAGCAAAAGAACAGGAGUUUCUUUAUAAGGUAGCCAAAGGAGUUCCUUAUUGGAUUGGCCUGACAAAAAUAGGAUCUUCUGGCAACUGGCGCUGGGUUGAUGGAACCCUAUAUAUAGAGAGGGAGAACGUUCGGUUCUGGGUAAAGGGGGAACCCAAUAACGUAGGUGAAAAUGAACACUGUGUAACUCUAGAGAAGUCCUCUCUGAUGUCCUGGAAUGAUAGAACCUGUGACCAAGAGAUGCAAUUCAUUUGUAAGAAGGACCCAAAGCCAUUGGAGACUGACCAGUUCCAUGACGGAAUUCUACUGCAGCCUCUCAGCUCCUCCCAAAUCCAACAUAAAGAUGAUGUUCAUCCCUCCAACAUCCACAGGGAAUUUUCUCCUUAGAUUAUCAUGUUUUAAUGUCAUAUCAAAACAGCCUGGGACUUGUAUAUAUCAACUGGGACUCACUUUGCCUCACCCAGCUGGGGAGGAGCGAAAUAGAGAAGGAGGAUGGAGAGAAAAGGACACCAACAGAACUGGACUGGGGUUGCCUGGAGAAGGUCCUCCUGAUGUGUCUCCUACUUGAGAUUUUCCUGUUUCUCACAGUGGCACUGCCAUUCCCCAAGCCCCCAUGUUCAAAAACUUGUGGUUAUUGUUGACUCUUCUUCCUUCAUCACAUCUCUAUGUCCAGACACUUACUCAGUACUUUCCAACUCCCCAAUAUCUCUUCCAUCUUCACGUUCUCUAUGUCCUUUGCUACCACCUUGAACCAAUGAGGUACAGGCCCUCAUUGCUACCCAUCUAGACCCUUACAAUAGCCUCCUGACCUUUUUUUUUAGCCUCCUC